UUUAUUUAUUGAUGAUGCAAUAGAUACCAAUUUGGCAAUUUCUGUCUUCAAAGAUCUUCCACUUGAAGAAUUCGUUAAUCGAUUCACAGAUUUUUUGUAAAAAAGAUACAUUCUGUACUCAAUAUUCGAUUCAACAAAAAAGAGUAUGGCUUCUUCUGAAGGAAACAAGAUCAACGACGGAACCAGUUUUCAGCACUCGGAGCCGGUUCUCUGCGCCAGCGGCUGCGGCUUCUAUGGUACAGCAGCGACGAUGGGUCUUUGCUCAAAGUGUUACUCAUAUUUACAGAUCGAGAAGGAACAAGCCUCCUCAGCCAAGAUUGCCAUGGAAAAGAAUGUCGGUACUGUGGGCCCAUCAUCUUCUGUGGUGGAAGAGAAGAUUGUAAGGGAGGAGGUGACGGCGGCAGUGGUGGAGAAGAAGGUGGUUAGUAAUAGGUGUUUGAGUUGUAACAAAAAGUUGGGUUUGACGGGAUUCAAGUGUAAGUGUGAUAGUUUCUUCUGUGGCACGCACAGAUACCCGGAAAAGCAUGAUUGUACCUUUGAGUUCAAGGUACCAGGAAGGGAAAAGAUUGCCAAGGCUAAUCCUGUAAUCAAAGCUGAUAAAAUUCAUAGGUUUUGAUGAAACAAGAAUUCAAUCAAGUCAUAUUUCAUAUUAUUUUAGAAUUUAUUUUUUAAGUUUAGUGAAUACAUAAUGAUAUUAUAAAGGGUUAUCAUCGCAAAAA